AUAACAAAUAAACAAGUAGGCGAAGUGUAUAUAAAUGCACCGGCUAUGCAUGAGCGCCCUCAUCUCAGUAGACACUGUUACCUGUGAUCAAGGAAAAGUCUCGCUAGCCAUAUACAGGUGUGUCAAGUUAAAUGUCGGCUAACUAAUGUAUGUAACUAACUCCUACUUCAGUUAAAUAUGCAGAGCUUGGGUUUUAUUUCUCACUUGAUGGAUUUCCUACUGUUUUGAAGCCUGUUGCACUUGGCAGUCUGUGGUCAUUGGGGAUGGGGCGGUGAUAAGUGGUGUGCACUUUCGUUUGGAUUUAAAUGUUUCACGUACAAUUGGAUUUUGCGUACAUGCAGAUUAAACCUGGGCUGGAAGGCAUCUUAUGAAUCCUGCAAGGGAAUAAGGAACAUACAUUUUGUUUUCCUUCAAAUCUUCUCCUUUCAAGAGUGGUUUGUUAAUAGUACACUGCAUAAGAAAAAAUAAAAAUGUGGCAGCAAAUAACUUCUCUCACCAUUUUUGUGGCAGUGACAAACUUAUGUUAUGGAUUUAAUCCAGACAAUGUUCAGUGUUGCAAUUGUAUGACGAUGAAUCCACAAGGUGUUGGGAGCGUAGAACCGCAGAUAAUGCCAUCUCCUUACGUCAUCCAUGUGGCGAAAAUAGACCGAGGGCAGUACGACACUAGAAAGGACUUAAAUGUGAACUUGACAGCGGACCACACAGAGAAAGGCUUCCGCUCGUUUAUGAUCCAAGCCCGCAGAGUAGACCCAAACAGGAGGACCGGAGAGCCCAUUGGUACAUUCACCUCCCUGGAUUCCGCAGUUCUGGCAGUGGAAGACUGCCCAGGGACGUAUGGGGCGGCACUUGUGAGCUCAGAUUUCUCAGAGAAGCGCAACGUACGCCUGGUGUGGAAUUCAUUCGAUACUUUCCAGGGACACUUGGAAUUCAGGGUCACUUUUGUACAGGAUGAAACCACAUUCUGGGUACGAGAGAAAUCUGUGACCAUCUACGAUCCCAAUGAGCCCAUUGCAGAGAUGAAGAGACCAGAAUAUAUUCUGGCCCCUAUUCGAACUAUUGAUGUCACAGACUGCGGCUCUAAGAAGGGUUGUUACAGAAUGCCAGAAGGUUGUAGAGAAAUCGAAUGCGAAUACAUCGUGACAUGGAGGAACAUCAAUGCUGGUACCACUGAGUUCGAAAUGAGUGCAAUCACUGACGGCUUCAAUGAUAGAUAUUUCGCACUUGGAUUGUCCACGGACAUUUAUAUGGGCGAUGAUCUUGUGUUUGAGUGUGUACACAACCACACCAGCGGGCGUGUGGAGGUAUUCCAGUCCAUCAACUACAAGGACAACACUAACAAACGCCUUAUUAAGCCGAAAGAUGGACUGCUGUCUGAGGAAGGUUCGUACAACAAUGGACGACUGCGAUGUCGCUUCAGACGUGAUAACAGGGUGAACAAUGAGGAGCUGACCAACUAUGGACUGAUUUCUCGUCCAUGGAGGCUACUUAUGGCUCGCGGUCCAUCACACAGAGGGAACAUUCUGCCACAUGAUAUCGUCGUUGGUCACCUGCCGCUUGCCUCCCCUGAGGAAGUGUCACUGGAUGUUGGGGCCGACAUCACGGGGCGCGCCAGGUACCAUCUCGUGAAGGCACACGCUUGCCUGAUGCUACUAGCGUGGAUCUUCUUUGCUCCCAUUGGCCUUAUCUGGAUGAAGUACUACACCACCAUGUGGCCUAACAGCCGCUUCCUGGGACAAAAGUACUGGCUUGUGACCCAUUUCAACUGCACAGUGUGGGUGGUGAUCCUGGUGAUCAUCAGUGUGAUCCUGAUCUUUAUCGAGGCUGGAGGCUGGAGCUAUUUUCACGAGUUGCCGCAGAAAGCACAUCCUAUUCUGGGUAUUAUCGUCUUCAUCUGCAUCAUUGUCAUACCUAUACUGUUCCUGAUCAGGUGUCCUGAAGACCACACCUGUCGGCCAAUUGGAAACUGGUUUUACUGGCUCUUCUGGACUAUUGCCUUCUGUCUGGCUGUGGUGAAUCUAUUUAUUGGCAUGGAGUUUGGCAAGGCGAUGGUUCCCUGGUGGCUGACCUGGAUCAUCUGCAUAUUCUUCCUCUUCAACUUUGUCUGUGAAAUCAUCCUGGAGGUGCACCAAUGCUGCACCCACAAGAAGAACAAAGAGAAUAGGAAGAAAUGGGAGCUGCAGAAGAAAGAAAAUCCUAAUGUACACAUUCCUGAACCCUGGCCUGCCGGGCGCAUCUUCAAGAGGAAUGUGCUGUACACACACUUCAUCGUGUGCCUGAUAGUGGUGAUAAUAGCCGUUAUCACAGUGGCCGUGUCUUAACUGCCUGACUGAGCAACCAGUCUGCGGAAUACAUAGAGACGCAAAUAACUGAACCAGUCUGAGAUUACAUGUUACCAUAGCAAUUAAAUAUUAGUUAAAAAUAUGUCAACAUAAUGUUUUAUCACACCACAAUAUUUUUUUUGAAAUAUGUAGGCUAUACAUGCAAAGAAAAAGUAGUUAAAAGUCCAUCUUAAUGAAAAUUCAUUUUUUUUUAAAUUAUAUAAAGCCUUACGUUUUGUUAAAAAAAAUGAACAGUUUAUUGGUUGAUUUUAAUCAAAAUCGCAUUUUAAAUAAAGCUUCAUUGUGUGUGAAAAUGGCCAAAACAGAUUCAAGAGAGUUACUAUUAUUAAAUACUUUUGAUCUCAACGUAUUGAGACUAACAUGACUACAUGUUAUAGACUAAACCUUUCCCCCUGAGAAGCAGACUGAAAAUGUCAAUCAGCAAACAGCAUAAAACCAGAGCAGCCUGUGAGUCAAUCGCAGGCUGUUCAGGUUUUAUGCUGUUUGCUGCUCAUCAGUAUCUUAGGGUUUGAACUGAAGCCUUUAAGCCUUCAAUUGAGAAAGAAAAAAGGUAUGUUUAAUUUAAAGUUUGUUUAAAGGGACAACAAAGUUUGUCAAAAUGAGUAUCGGAGUUUUAAAGGGUUAUGUGAUAUCUUGUACAAGCAGUUUAAAACCAAAAGCAAUAUUCAGUUACAACAAUGCACUGGUUUCCCUACAGUAUUUACUUGGAUGGUGAAUUAGAUGUUUUCGUAGUAAAUAGGUUGAAAAUUAGGCUGCUAAUUGGGCUGAACAAAAGUUCAAGUUGAAGUAGAAUGGAUUGAUUACUCAUUAUAUGUGACGUUAAAUACCAUUAAUGUACUGUAUUGUAAUGCUUAGUAUUAUGCUUAUUGUUUCGGUAUGUCUUGGAAUGAACCUGAACAGAAUUCAUAAUUCCUCUUAAUCCUGCAAAUUGUAUUUAAUCUGUGUAAUGCUGUGAAAAAGUGGCUUUGCAAAACAUGGGAAUAGUUUGCAACAACACUAUGCUGGCUAUGGCUUCAUUCAACUGCAUGGAUAAAAUUGUGAGAUCAUCUAAAACAGUGAUUGCAAAAUGUUUAGAAGGAAAUUUGGGAUAUGCCAGUUAUUGUCAAGACUGGUUUAUUGCAUGUGUGUUUUGGCAAAUUUGGGCGUCUUAUGGUGCUAAUUCUAUCUAUAUUAUGCAUAUGUUGUUAAUUGUUUCUAUUUUAUCUCGCAUGUUUGCACCAAUACCUUACAUUGCUGUUUACUAAAUUGUACAUUCAGUGGUAUGUCAGAAGUUAUUUGAUUCAGAAUACAUGUCUUUUUUCCUUGAAAGCUUGUUUUAACAAAAGUUGUAUUAUGUUAUUGAUAUUGUUAAAUAUUGCUGUAGAAUUUUCUCCUUAAGUAUUCAUUAGGAAAUAUUCUGUCAGAAUUUUAAACCCUGGAUUCUCUUUAGUAGGCUAUUUAUUUGGGAAAUUGUUAUUUUAGAAUGUUUAAGUCUGGAUUCUUCUUAGAAAUUUCCAACUGAAAGAUUUUCAUAUCUUAAAAGGACUUGGCUUUAAAAAUUGUUCAUCUUUAUAUUAAAGUAUAUGAAAAAAAAGGUAAACCGUAUUAUAUUAGAUUUUGUAUAAAAUAAAUAUUUGUUAUCCCUGUAUAGAUACCCAUAUUGAAAAUUAUGUUUGUUGCUUUAUCAUGUAUGCUUUAUUCAUGAUGCCAUAUUGCGUUUUUAAAAUGCAAACAAAAUAGAUGUCAUGUUUACUGAUAAUAAAACUGUCAUUCAAUUAAUGUGUACCGGUAUAUUAAUUAUCUAGCAUGAAGGUUAUGAUCAUGUUUUUUGAAGUUAUAAUACAUAAAAUUGUAUAGUUUAAUUGUGAAAUUGUUUGUAUCUCUUCUGUAGACUUUAAUUUUGAGAUGAGAUUUUAAUAUUUAAUAAAUAGAAAACCUCUUUGAGUGUCCCAUGACAGACAGACCCAAAUUUCAUUUGGACUUAAGCCAAAGGCUGAGUUCUAUAUACAGUUUGGGGCUUUCGGGCUGGUCUCUAUUUUACAAUUGGGCCUGAAGUGAGGUUUGCAUUUCUUGCAUUGCACUGAACAUUUUCAUCCCGUGUAUCAACCUGUGUCUAAUCAACUAUUUUUUAAGCACGGUCACACAUAUAAAAAAACUUUCGUAGUAAGCUCUAAGCAGAACAUAUUGGCAUUCUGAAACUUGUUUCAUAUAAAUUUUAGAGUUUAACAAUACUUUUAAAUGGUUAAUGAUAACAAAUAAUUUCUAAGUUUUUAACAAUCUUUUGUGUAUAUGUUGAAAGAUCCAUAAAGCGCUACAGCUGAUUGCAACUUAGCUCAGUGUUUACCUGGUGUUGAAUUCAUACGUUAAUAUUUUGCAUGCAUGGUCAUCAAAUUCAUGCUUUAAAAACUGUCAUGAGAUUUAUAAAUGUUUAUUUGCUUUUUAUUAGAUAUUAAACAUAGCGCUUCCCAUUGCUAUAUUGUUUGUUAAAUCUCGUGUUUUAUUUGUGUUUGUAAAUAUUUAGAUGAUGAUUUAAUUGAUGUAGAAUUUCAUUUUUAGAUAUUUAUUGCGAUAAGCUUGAAUUUUUUUCUGUAAUUUUAAUUUUUGAUUCUUGUAAGAUGUUUCAUAUUUCAAGUGAAACAAAGAUAAAAUGUUAGUAUGUUAAGGUGACUAUUACUUUACAUGUGUUGACUAAAGUUUAUAAUACUGAUAUGAAUGUAAUGCAGUAUUUUUUAUAAGUAAAAUUAAAUGAAGCUUAUUGCUUAUUUCUUACAGCAUAUUUUAAUUUCCACAGUGUAAAUGGAUUAUAAACAACAGAGCAGGUACCCACAUAAAUAAUUAUAUUAUCCUCUGCAUACUGCUGUAGAUAAUGUUUAGGUUUAUAACAAAUGAACAUUGUUAACCAAAGAAAUAAUAUGUUCACAUGCGUUUGUGUCAAGAAGCACACCCAAAUCAAUAAUUAUGAAGAUAAUUAUCAUAAUGUCACAAUAAACAUAUUUACUUAUGUAUUUAUUGCACUGUGCGAAUAAUUACAUUUGCAUUGCAUCUGUGUACAUAAGGCUAAUGCCAAUUUUAAAUCAUUCAUCUUGAAAUAGUUCAUAUUCGCAGAAUGGUUCUCAAUAGUCUAUUUUAUCUUGAGAGUUUUUUUACACCAACCACAAAUGAGAUUAUUUUUGUUAAAUGCGCAAAUUAGAUUAUUUCUUAUUAAAUAUAAGAAAUAGUAGUGUAUAUCAGUUUAUUUUUAAACAUGAUUAUCUUUCAUAUUUAGUAGUGGUUGAAGCAACACAAAUGUAUAUUUAUAUUUGAAUUAAACUUGAUCAACAAAUAAAACUAUGCAAUUCUUUUUGGUAGAAAAGAAGAAACUGAAAUAAUGUUUCGAUUAAUUAAAUAUUUUUGAUAAACAAAUAUUUACACUUAUAUUUGAUGUUAAUUAUUGUGUUUAUCCUUAAGUCACCUAUUUUAGUGUUUAAAUAUUUUAUUGUUAUUGUUAUGAAUAGAAAUAACUGUUACCAUGGGAAUUUUCUUUUAAAUGUUGUACAAGUUUGUUUCUAUUUUAGUGCAAGCCAUUGUGUAUAUGCUUACAUCAUCUGCUGUGACUGUAUUUAUUUAUACAAAUAACCUCAUGAUGUAGAAAUAUAUCAUGAAAUAAAUGUAUUUUGGUAUUCUU